AUGGACCUUGCACCACCGUCCAAGCCGGCGCCGAAACAGGCAUGUGAUAAUUGUCGCCGACGCAAAAUCAAAUGCUCGCGCGAACUGCCCUGCGACAAAUGCCAACGCCUGCUUCUGUCCUGCUCCUACAGUGAUGUGCUCCGGCGCAAAGGCCCCAAAUUCCGAACGCUCUAUCCUCUUGCGCCUAUCCACCCGCUGUCGAACCAAAAUGAAAUAGAGCGAAAACAAACAUAUACCGACUCAUCCUAUGGGCUAAGUUCGCCAGCAUCGCCAGCAUUCGCGGUCAGCGAUGCACAGUUUAUGCCCCAUGAUCUUUCGGAUACUCUCUCUCUUCUCCCGCCUCCAGACCUGGUGUCUUCGCCGGACUCCACGGAAUCCACGGUGGAAUCAGCAAAUGGUCGGGUACUUCCGCACGCUCGUCGUCUCUCGCCGCAAAUUUUAUUGGCGCAUGUCAACGUCUACUUGAAGUACUUGUUCCCGAUCAUGCCGGUUGUGCGCGGGGAGGAGCUGCAUUUGGAUAGUCAGCAGCCUGAACGGCUCUCCCCACGACGAUAUGCCUUUUUGGCCUCCUUGUGUGCGGCCACGCAUAUUCAACUUAAACUAGACGGAACCACUCCGGUACCGGACCAUGUUCGUCUCCAGAGCUUGGGCGAUGGUCAUUCUUUGGUUUCAGGCGAGAAGCUAUUAGCCGAAGCCGUGCGGGCGCGACAGGAGUGUGAUCCUGUAGAAGAUAUCAGCAUCGAGACACUCUUAACCUCUUUCUUUUUAUUUGCGUCCUACGGCAACAUGGACAAGCAAACCCAUGCCUGGUUCUAUUUGUGUCAAUCUACCUCGAUGGCAUUUACAUUGGGUCUGCAACGCGAGGCAACUUAUGCGGAACUCGGUGUCGAGGAAGCCGAGGAGAGGCGGCGUGUCUUUUGGCUGCUUUUUAUCACGGAAAGAGGAUACGCUCUACAACAAUCUAAACCAGUUAUGCUCCGCAGUACCAUACACAAACCGCAGGUUCUCUGCUCAGAAGACCCAAUCCUAGCAUACGGAUUCAUCAACUUGAUCAAUAUCUUCGAGAAACUCACUGCCAAUCUGUAUGACUGGGUCUCUGCUGGCGGCGGUGACGGACUCUUGGAGAAACCACCUACAUCUGUCAUCCAAUCAAGCCUCUCCAAACCGAUCUCGCUAGAUGGGGUUCUUGAAAUUCAGCAGGUGGAUAUCCUGAUCACACAGCAGUGGUUACAGGCGAUGAUGUGGAAAUUGUCCAUAACCCAUGCCACGCAACCUGGCCCGCGAGAUGAUGGCGUAUUGCCAUUCCAUCUGCCAGUACUGGUUGGUAAAGCAGUAAUGAGUGUUAUCGGAAGCGCGUCACAAGGGGCGGUCGACGCCCAUGGAAUUGGCAUGGAGCAAAAGCUAUUCGAUAUGGGUUCUUCGGUCGCCGAUGUAACUCGCUCGCUCGGAUCAAAAUCUAUGCAUCGUCUAUCUGAGUCGUCUAUUGAUCCUAGGGAACUCCUUUGGGGUAUUCUGCACACACUAUCGCAGAUCCGAGGCUCACCUUCCUACCUUUUUCCAUCGCUCCUGGAACGUUGCAAAACGGUGCUGGGACUCGACUGCACGAUUACCAUGGGCAAUUUCCUGCCAACUCUUGGUGCACCCAUGCCCGACCAGUUCAGUUCAUGGGCUGGUGAGCAACGCUGGGAUAUGCUCACCGGCCGGAAUCCUCACAGCAUGGGCGAAAUGGACGGUGAACAAAACGAGUCGGUGCCUCAUUUAGCCGCAGUGUCCCAUGGAGAACUCGGAUUCCCAGACUGUCUUUUGCCAUGA